AUGUGCACUCCGAGCUUGGCCAUCGACACGGUCGUAGAGGUGUCUGACCCGGCCACCGGAGAGGUGGGAUCGGUGCUGGUGGUGCGAAGAAAAGACAACGGGAAGCUGGCGUGCAUCGGGGGUUUCGUGGAGGUCGGGGAGACGCUGGAGGAGGCCACUAGGAGAGAGGUUAGGGAGGAGACGGGGCUGGAGGUGACGUCGUUGCAGAUGUUGCCACAGAUGUACGACGACCCAGCGAGAGAUGCCAGAAGACAUACGGUGAGCGUGGCGUACGUGGCGCGUACGACGGGCACACCUCGGGCGGGCAGUGACGCGGCGGCGGUGGUUUCCAUCCCCCUGGCGUCGCUGGGAGAGACGGUGGGAGAGUUCGCCUUCGAUCACGGGCAGAUCAUGACGGACUACCUAGCCCUCGGGGCAAGGGCUUCUUCGGCCUCGACAGGAAUAUCGUCGUCGCAAGACCGUGCGGACGGGACCCUUAGCGGCGUCGGUAGCGGUGAUAGCGGGAAUGAUGGCGAGGGUGGGGGUGAGGGUGGCGGCGGCCGCAGCGGCGGCGGUGGGCCCGACGGCCCGGACGAGAUGCCUUCUUCUCCGAGAUCUGGUGCGGCGCUGUUGCGGCGCCCACCGGCAAGGUAGCGACAAGUUUUUGCCCCCGAUGCCGCAAGCUGCUGCGGUGGUUGUAUGGUCUUGCGCCGCGUUCGUUGAGAGUCUUUAACAUUGCCUCCGAAAACAGCCGGGACUGUUCCCUGCCCAAUCCUUGUCCGGCGAGAAGUGUUAAACUCUGAUUUUCGCAAGUAGUAAGAGUACGGUAAAGAAGCAUUAACGAGUUGGGGUUAGGCCCCGCCUCGCCGCUGCUAGAAUGUCUCAUUGACUAAAUGUGAUCGGGCGCUUGUCCUUUCGAUUGAAGAGAGGGAGAGGAGUAAGCGGAGAGAGAGAGAGAGAGAGAGAGCGGGGAAAUAAGGUGCCGUACUGGAUUGGUAUUGUUGUUGUGGAGGCGUACGUGGAUGGAUCAUGCAUCUCUGUUGGUUGUUUGAGCAACGUAACUUUUGCGGGGCGCAAGGAGCCUGAGCGAUGUCCCAACCCGUGUGUACGUGUUGGAUCGCCCUAGUGUUGCUGUUGCCGCCUUUGUGUCGAAAGCUGUUCUGGCCAUCUUCUUCGCACUCCGCACUUACGUACGUCCACACUGGUCCUAUUGGGAGAGAGAGACGGUGUUGCGUCAACUGGGCUGAAAAAACUACUUUCUUUUUGUAAUCAGCCGCUUCGCGGCGUGGCUGAUAUGAUCUCAUGUUGUAAAGCCCAUCAGCCGCUUCACGGCGUGGCUGAUAUGAUCUAAUAGGGUGAAGCCCACCUGUUCGAGUUUUUUUUUUUUUAGCCUGCAAGAUAGCCGACGCACUUUACAACCUAGAGCCAGCUUCACUGCUGCUGUUCGUUCGGCGUGCGGGAUGUGCCAGAAGCAGGAAAUUACCGUGCUGUGUAUUUUGUACCACUCUGUGGCUUUGGUCGUGGUUUCCAUAGGGCUUCCGUGGCAAGACGGUGGUCAGUUGUCUUUUCAAGGAGAUAGCGUGGC